CCUCCCGCUCCCGGCCUGGCUCCGCGGCGGGGGCGGCGCCUCUCCCGCAGGACCGAGCCCAGCUGGGCUGCCUUGGGACUCCGGGCGGGCGAAGGCAGGCGUGGGGCGCUGCACUCGGGCCCCGAGCGGUGACUGACAGCGGCGCGGCUCUGGGCGAGCGCGGUCCCCGCGUGCGCACACGCACACGUCGCUGCGCAGGGACACACGGACCCCUGCGGUCAGACAUACGCGGAGACCCGGCUCGGCGCGCGCGCUCCUCGGCGCACACGCUCCCCAUCCCCCGGCUGCGCUCCCUCCCCGGGAGUCUGCCCCGGGCUGACCCGCAGCCCAGCAGCCCCGCGGCCAGGCCCCGCACUGAGCAGACGGAAGGACUCCUUGUUCCGGCAACAUAUUUCGACGACAUGAAGGGACCAUCAGCCGGGCAGUGUGCCUGCAGACAAUCCUGAGGUUCACCAGCAGCUGCUGUCACUGGGAGGCCACCGUGCUGGCCGAGCAGCAUCAUGGCCUGCAUUGUGUGGGUCUCCUUGACUGCUGUCCUCCUGCUGCCUGUGGCCGCCACCAUGCACUCUGACUGCAUCUUCAAGAAGGAGCAAGCCAUGUGUCUGGAGAAGAUCCAGAGGGCCAAUGACCUGCUGGGCUUGAAUGAUUCCUCCCCAGGUUGCCCUGGGAUGUGGGACAACAUCACAUGUUGGAAGCCUGCCCGUGUGGGUGAGAUGGUCCUGGUCAGCUGCCCAGAACUCUUCCAGAUCUUCAACCCAGACCAAGUUUGGGAGACUGAAACCAUCGGAGAGUUUGAUUUUACUGACAGUAAUUCCUUGGAUCUCUCAGACAUGGGGGUGGUGAGCCGGAACUGCACGGAGGAGGGCUGGUCAGAGCCCUUCCCUCAUUACUUUGAUGCUUGUGGAUUUGAUGAAUAUGAAUCUGAGCCUGGAGACCAGGGUUACUACUACCUGUCGGUGAAGGCCCUCUACACAGUUGGCUACAGCACAUCUCUUGUCACCCUCACCACUGCCAUGGUCAUCCUGUGUCGCUUCCGGAAGCUACACUGCACACGGAACUUCAUCCACAUGAACCUGUUUGUGUCAUUCAUGCUGAGAGCCAUCUCUGUCUUCAUAAAAGACUGGAUCCUGUAUGCGGAACAGGACAGCAACCACUGCUUCAUCUCCACAGUGGAAUGCAAGGCCAUUAUGGUUUUCUUCCACUACUGUGUCGUGUCCAACUACUUCUGGCUGUUCAUUGAGGGGCUGUACCUCUUCACCCUGCUGGUGGAAACCUUCUUCCCUGAGAGGAGAUACUUCUACUGGUACACCAUUAUUGGCUGGGGGUCCCCAACUGUGUGUGUUUCCGUGUGGGCUACACUGAGGCUCUACUUUGAUGACACGGGCUGCUGGGAUAUGAAUGACAGCACGGCUCUAUGGUGGGUGAUCAAAGGCCCUGUAGUUGGCUCUAUAAUGGUUAACUUUGUGCUUUUCAUCGGCAUCAUCAUUAUCCUUGUGCAGAAACUUCAGUCUCCGGACAUGGGUGGCAAUGAGUCCAGCAUUUACUUCAGCUGCGUGCAGAAAUGCUACUGCAAGCCACAGCGGGCUCAGCAGCACUCUUGCAAGAUGUCAGAACUGUCCACCAUUACUCUACGGCUGGCCCGGUCCACCUUGCUGCUCAUCCCGCUAUUUGGAAUACACUACACAGUAUUCGCCUUUUCCCCAGAGAACUUCAGCAAGAAGGAAAGACUCAUGUUUGAACUUGGGCUGGGCUCCUUCCAGGGCUUCGUGGUGGCUGUUCUCUACUGUUUUCUGAAUGGGGAGGUGCAGGCGGAGAUCAAGCGGAAGUGGCGGAGCUGGAAGGUGAACCGCUACUUUGCCAUGGACUUCAAGCACCGGCACCCAUCCCUGGCCAGCAGCGGGGUGAACGGGGGCACCCAGCUCUCCAUCCUGAGCAAGAGCAGCUCCCAGAUCCGCAUGUCUGGCCUCCCGGCUGACAACCUGGCCACCUGAGCCACCCUCCCCUCCUCUCCUGCAUCCACAGGCUGGGGCUGUGGGCAGGUGCUGGCCCACGCAUGUUUGUGCCUCUUCUCUCCCCUUGGGUGGGUCCUGGGCUGGAAGCUUGGCUUUCCAGGGAGGGAGAAGGAGAAAGAGCAGACUGUAUUGCCCCUCCCAUCUUGGUACUGCCCCCCCCCCAAUACCCCAUCAGACUGGUCCCCUGGGUCCUGACUCAGACAUGUAAAUACUCCUCGAAUUUGGGAAAGUCCCAUUCUGUUCCCCUUGGCCCAGUGCCCUGAUCCCCUCAAACCAGGCCUCGGCUCCACCCCACUGUGUCUCAGCCAGCCUCAGUGAUGGCCUGACCCCAGCUGUGAGGCCUUGUGAGCUAAGGCUGGAGAGACCUUGCUUUGGGAGGCCGGGGUGGUGCCUGCCCAAAGGCAGGUGGCUACAGGUGCCUACUCCUGUAUUGUCUGACUUUGGAUAGUUACCUCCCUGGGUCUGCAUACCACCAUAGGGCCCUUCUCAGGUCUAGGCUCAGUCCCUGAGGCCUACCAGAGGUCCAGUGUGUGUGGCCAAAGUGCCCUUCAGGGCAGGCCAGUCCGUGGCUCCCCAGUGCCCACCUGCCAUCUUGGUGUCCAGGUGCUCAGCUUCUGGAUCUCAGGGCAGUGUGUUAGCUUGAAGGCUCUUCCAAUCAAAGAUUUCAGUUUGGAUGGGGGACUGUGGGUCAGGAAAAGUUCUGGUGCUUUUCAUUUGAUCCAAGAAGAGCUGAGAGCCAGAAAUGUGGAUGUGAUUAAGACAGAAAAUGGAACAAGUGUGAGAGACCCAUGGAAGAUCUUCACCAUCUCCAUUAUUUUACCCCCAAUUCACGAUAAGCAGGGCUUAUCUUGUGGCCUCCUUUCUGCCCCUCCUGCCACCACUAGAUGCCCCCAGACAAGCUGCUUUCUAACCACGCCCACCACAGAGAACCCCUCAGCACCCCCUCCCAAUUUCUCCAUAAGUCAAAGCCAUGACUAGGAUGAACCAGCCGUCUGCCUGUGAAGUCAGUGAAUCAUGAAGCACCUCCCAUCUGAGGCCCAGGGUGCACUCCCCUUCCCCAUGAUGAUGGAGAGCCCCAAACACCAGUUCCUUGGGCUUGGACUCAACUAUUGAAAUCUUUCUGAGGCCUCUGCAAAGACUUCCCUCUGUGCCCUUCACCUUGAGUCACCAUGGGCCACCAGGGUGUCCAGUGGAGAAGCCACACCCACCACGCCCACCAGCAGAAGCUGACUCUUAUAAGGGGUGUGCUUUCCAAUACCUGUUCUGACCUUCAGCUGCAAGUGCACAGCUACCACCUAAGAAUGUGAAAGAGGGCAGUGCCAUGUUGGGGAGGGAGGAGGAAGUGCCCUGUGCAGGCCCAGUUUAUUUCAUUUCAGUUCCUGGUGUGUUUGCAGACUUGUUACAUGAUUGUGUUUUGAAAUGCUUGGGGAAUUUAGGUGGACUGGGAUGUUGUUUCACUUGGUUCUGUGAAGAGGAAGGGGCCUCAUGGACAUGGGGAAAUGCUUCUAGAGAGGCCUUCAGAGUGACUGGCGAGGGUGCCAGUUGCUGCAAUUUAGAGAGGAGCCCCAUGUCCUCAGCCCAUAAAGUAAGUCCCUGGGUCUUUGGCAAAAACAGAGGGAGAAAGGAGCUACCCGCCCUUUCCUGUGCACAUUUGGUGACUUAGACAGAUGAUGGAGUGUGGCACUGAGAGCCAGGUGUACAUUAUUAUCAAGACAAGUGGUCCCUGGCCAUUUCAUAGUUUGGACACUGUUGGGGGCCUGAGCUGCUCAAAAAGAGCCCCAGAAUUCAGAAAGCCUAGAGUCUGCUCCAGGCGAGUGCGGACUGCUGAGUGUGGAUAUGGUGCUCCCUGUUGUGGGCCCCAGAUUCCCCAUUUGUGAGAUGAGGCACUAUUUUUCCAGGCUCUGUAAUUUUGCAAUUCAAAGCUAAGGCAGGUAAAAGGGUAAGCAUCAUCUAAAGUUUUUUGGGGUAAGUGGUGUCUGGUGGACUGAAAGGAAGGGUCAGGCCACGGACAUUUGAAUAGGUGCCUUGGGCAUGAUACGUAGACCCAGCCAUGUGUACCUGGCUGAGGAGGACUGCCACCUCCAGUGGCCACCUCCACAUCCAAGGAUGGACCCCAUUCACUCUUCACUGACCCUACUGGCAGGUCUGCUCACUGUGAAAGAAGAAACAGACUUUAGAGAUGACAUCAAACAACAAAAAGAAAAUCAAUCCUGAACCCCACACACUGUGCUGCUUUCUGAGCCCUGGGCCUGCAUCCUCAUAGAGGUUCCGGGUUCUAGUUUGUUGGUUGGCUUGUUUUUCCUUUGGAAUGAAUUUUUGCCAGUCUUGUGAGCAUAUGUACCUGAUGUUUGCAAAAUGUUCCAGAAGGUUCUGACCUUCACAGUCACAGGAAGUGGGGAGGGGUGUAGCAUGAGGGCUAGGAAAAACCCAUCCCUCUCUGACCCUCUGUUUCCAAAUCCAUAAAAUGUGCAAUAAGACUAGAUGAUUUGUAUAUAGCCCCAUGCACUUCUGGAAUUCUCUGUUUAAACACCAGCUGUCUGCUUGGAAGGGGCCCCAGGAUUGUGGUGUUUGCCUGGACCAAGCAAGGAUAAGAACCUGGGUCACGUGAAGAGGGAUUAGGAGGCCCAGGCAGAGUGGGGCUGGGGAGGAGCAGGACUGCCAGUUCCCUAACUGUAGGGGUGAUCUCUCCUGGGAAUUGAGUUUUUCUUCCUCUGUACAAUCAUGAAGGACAAAAGUUACCCAUGGGAGGCUGAAUUGUCCUUGGGAUGAAGUAGUCUUAUUCCCCGUCAUGAUAUCUAGUCAUGAAGUAGGCAGACAGUGCCAGGAGAGGGACUCUAGUCUGGGGGAAAUGGGAUUCUAAGCCCAGAUUGCAGAGGAGGCUGUCAGGGAGCCAGGGAGGGGACAAGGGUGUUUGGUUUAGGUGGCUCAGUAGUUUUUUGUGGUGCCCCACCCUGUGGGCAUUAUGCUUACCUGCCGUACAUGAAGUCAAGCCACACCCUCCAUCUCAGUGGGCAUGGACUGGCCUACAGGGACACUGUCAUUCCUCUAACCCCGCCCUCUUCAAAUUGGGUGUUCUGGGUAAUAGGGCCAGGGAGCUGGAGAGCAGCCCAAGGCUUGAAAUACACCUGCGUAAAUUAUCAUCUUCCAAGGGUGCCGACUCACCUCCUUGCCCUGACUCUCUUCCUGAAAGGGAAAGCUCAAAGAACCUCUCUUUUUCUUUGAGUAGUACCUAUGCCCCACUUCAGGGCCACUUCAAAGUGAAAGCAGUGAGUGUUUUGUCAUAAACUCCUGCUUGAACACUGGGACCAUGGAAGUCAGCUGGAAGAGGCUAAGUCUACUAGUCUGCUGUUGACCUUGACUCACUCCCCAUAUACUAGAGCUGGUAAAAAACUUGAGAAUUUGUGGGUCAAACCUCCCCAAGAGUCUGCUGAAAAAACAGGUGGGCCUAGCGUGGUGCCUGCCACCAUGUUGGGAUCUGGUAUGUUUUAUAGUUCUGAAUGAAGGUGUGGCCAUGCAAAUAUGUGCAUAGUCUGCACACGAGCUAGGAUGUGACACUCGAAGCAUUCAUGUGGUAAACAUUUCACCUUGUGCAGGAGACAAGCUCUGGCUAGAAAAGGUUCUUUAGGACUCCAGUCUGUAGGAGAAACAGUGGGGUCAGUGUGGCAGAGGAGGACCUGCUCUCUGAUCCAGGGGAUUCCCUCUCUGGGCCUCUCCCUCCUAAUCUGAGAAAUAGGAAGAACAGGAUUUGCACUAUCAGCCCCACAGGCCAGGGAUGAGUUUCAAGUGAGAUGCCCUUAUGUGUGAAAAGGUUUUGGAAACUACAUGGAUCUGGGCUCUUUACUGGGGUGAAGACCCCUGAAAGGUAUUCUUUGCUGUAUAUCUAUUACUUCAAGGCCUCCUGAGUUAAUCUUUGCCCACGUUGUAAAACUACCAGUACUGGCGGUAAGGAAGAGGCUAGAGACUAACUGACGCAGAAUUUCAGCUUUGUCUUCAUCAAAUUCAGUUUGCUGUUGGGAUUAGGGUGAAGAGAUGUGGAUGAUGUCAGCAUUUCCUUGCCAACUCCCUGGGAAUCCUUCAAGGAUUUGGGAUAUUCCUCAAAUGGGCUGUUUGCCCAUUCCUUCCUUCCCUGACCUCCAGGUCCUGGGAUGUGUCUGCUCUCAGCAAUAUGUCUUGUCUGAUGUCUAUCUUUUGUAGCUUUGCCCUGUUGGGGCUGAAGUGGUGUAGCCUCUGGCAUCCUGACUUAGUUCCAAGCUCACUGGAGGGGGCUGGACUGCCUGGGUUUCAUCUCCCACAGUAAAGAUCAGCCCCCCCAGACCUCACUGCUACUGCUGCCUCUGUUAAUGCUGUGCUCACAAUCUUGUCCAAGAUUUUAAGGAUGUCAAACUGUUGUAGAUUACUCAAUAAAUAAAUGUGUUACCAUU